UUAAAAAGAGAUCCGGCCCAAUUUUGAAAAACAAUCCGAUCCGAUUUGCACCCCGAAUCCAGUUCGUGUGCAUCUAUAUUCUUGACCCUCCUGUUUUGUUCCCUGGAUUCGGUCUGUGUAUCUCCAUUACUCAACUUGAAAUGUUCACAAAGUUUUUUUCUUCAAAAUUUUUUUUUUUGCAACUCCGCAAUUAAAUCUUGUAACUGUAUAUUAAUUCUUGAUUACAUUGAUGCAAUUUUGUCAUCAGCUCAAGUCUUUAGCUAAAGAUUGAAGAUUUACAUACAAUUUGGGUAUUCGAAAUUCACACAAGAAUGACACUUUACAUGCCUUUCUUUAACAGAACUUUAAGUUCAAGAACUCUAACUCAACUACAUGCUCACCUUAUAGUUAAUGGUCACCAAAAAAGCCAACCUGCAGCAACUAAACUAAUUGAAUCAUAUGCAAACAUGGGUCAUGUUGAAUCUGCUAGAAUUGUGUUUCAGAACUUCAAAAACCCAGAUUCUUUCAUGUGGGGUGUGCUUAUUAAGUGUCAUGUUUGGAGUGGUUUGUUUAGAGAAGCUAUUCUUUUGUAUAAUGAGAUGUUGGGGAAUUUUACCCAAGUUAGUAGCUUUGUAUUUCCAUCAACUUUGAGGGCUUGUUCUGGUAUUGGUGAUCUGGGUGUUGGUGAGAUGGUUCAUGGGAGGAUUGUUAAAUGUGGGCUUCAGUUUGAUCUUGUGAUUCAGACUUCUUUGCUUAGUAUGUAUGGUGAAACUGGGUGUUUGAGGUAUGCGCGCAGUGUAUUUGAGGAUUUGUCUGUGAGGGACCUUGUUUUGUGGAGUUCAAUCAUAUCGAGUCAUGUGCAGAAUGGUGAGGAGAGUGAAGGGGUAGAUUUGUUUCGUGAGAUGGUUGGGGAAGGUGUUGAACCUGAUUCGGUGGUUAUGCUUAGUGUGGCCGAGGCGUGUGCGGAAUUGGGUUUGUGGAGAGAAGGGAAGUCGGUUCAUGGAUAUGUAGUGAGAAAUGCCAUUUUAAGUGAUGGAGCGCUGGAUAGUUCUUUGAUUACAAUGUAUGGUAAAUGCGGUGAUUUGCAUAGUGCAGAGGGGAUUUUUAACAAUGUUGUUCACUUAUCUACAGCUACUUGGACGUCAAUGAUUACAUGCUAUAAUCAAUGUGGUUGCUAUAGAGAAGUCAUAGAUAUUUUCUCCAAGAUGCUAUUGUCUAAUGGGGAACCAAAUGCAGUAACUAUGAUGGGAGUUCUUCGAUCUUGUGUUAGGUUGGGUUGGUUAAAAGAAGGCAGGUCUGUUCAUGGUUUUGUUAUUAGGAAAAUUAUGGACCCUGAAUAUAAUUCUUUAGUGCCAUCUUUAGUUGAUUUGUAUGCUACUUCUGGUAAUACAAGAUGUGCCCACAAGAUUUUAUUUGUGUCAAGAGAGAGACAUAUUGUAUCAUGGAAUUUGCUCAUAUCACGCUGCAUCGAGGAAGGGUCUAAAGAGGCGUUGACUAUAUUUAGGAAGAUGCAAAGUUACAAUAUAUCUCCAGAUUCAUUUACGCUGGCCACUAUGCUUUCAGCCUGUGGGAAGUUUGGUUUGCUGCUGUACGGACGUCAGAUACAUGGUCAUGUUAUAAGAACAAGCUGUCCAAGCGAGUUUGUCCUGAAUUCGCUAAUUGACAUGUAUGCUAAAUGUGGGUUUGUGGAUUCAGCUUACUUGGUAUUUAAGAACAGGGGACAAGGAAGUGUUGUAACAUGGAAUUCAAUGAUAUGUGGAUUCUGUCAUAAUGGCUUUUCAGCAAAAGCUAUUAGUCUUUUUGAUCAGAUGUAUUCAAAAAGUCUUGAAAUGGAUGCAGUGACAUUUUUGAGUGUAAUUCAAGCUUGCUCGAAUUUGGGAUAUCUAGAGAAAGGGAAGUGGAUACACCAUAAGCUUAUUACAACUUGUUUACAGGAUGAUACAUACAUUAAUACAGCUUUAUUAGACAUGUAUGCCAAGUGUGGAGACCUUUACAUGGCUAGGGGUAUCUUUGAUACCAUGUCAGAAAGAACUGUUGUAUCGUGGAGUGCCAUGAUCGGUGGUUAUGGUUCGCAUGGCCAGAUUGACCUUGCGAUUUCACUCUUCAACAGAAUGGUAGAAUCUGAGGUAAAACCAAAUGAAGUCACAUUUAUGAAUAUAUUAUCUGCAUGCAGCCAUGCAGGAUAUGUGGAAGUAGGAAAGUCUUACUUCAACUUAAUGAAGGACUUUGGUGCUGAACCACAGUUGGAACAUUAUGCAUGUUUAAUUGAUCUUCUAAGCCGAGGUGGAAACCUAGACGAAGCGUACAUGAUCAUUGAUACAAUGCCAUUUCAAGCUGAUGCAAGCAACUGGGGUGCUCUGUUGAAUGGUUGUCGGAUUCAUAGACGAGUAGACAUGAUCCAAAAAAUUCAAGAAAAACUUUUAGGUUUAGAUAUGGAUGACACUGGAUAUUAUACUCUACUAUCUAAUGUAUUUGCAGAAGGUGGAGACUGGGGGGAGUUUAGUAUGGUGAGAUCAUUAAUGAAUGGUUUAGGUCUAAAAAAAUGCUUAGGAAUGAGUAAAGUUGAGAUUGAUACAGGGGUGCAUGGAAACUAAGCUGUAUAUAUGCAUCAAUGAUGAACAAAGUAAACAUCCAACACUUGGAAUCUUGUCCAGGAGUCCAGGAUUUUCUGACAGGCAGCUAAAAUUGAGGCUGCAGCUGCCCAUGGAAAAGAUGGAGGAUAUAUUGAAAACUAAAUCCAGAAUCCCAGAGAAUGAACCAGAAGUUGAUGGAAGAAGCACCAUUCCUUACAUUGAUAUGCGAGCUGAGGAAAGCCAUGGGUGAUGCAACAGUUGCAGCUGCAGCAUAUAUAGGGUAUACUGGUAUUGGUACUGUCCUUAAAAUGAAUCCCUUUCCUUCAUAAAACUUAACAAUAAAAUGCGGGUAAAUAAAUAAAGAAAUGACUUACAUUUACGGGUUUUUAAGACAUGAAAGUUUUUCUUGAAAACUACACAACUGUAUUGUUAUGUUUGGCCAUAUAUAGGCCAAGCGUCCUGUGACAGAGAUGAUAUCUUCUGUUGACUUGAUUGAAGAACAAUUAUGUGUUUCAAGAGGGAAGAUACUUUGUUACAAACAGGUAUGAUAUAAUAUAACCUAAUAUAGGAAUAAAUCAUUAAUUUAUGUUCACUUGCUGAUUUUAUUUAGAGGAAGAUAUUUUGCUUAGAGGACAUUCAAUAUAAUGCCGAAUGAUUGCAGAAGAUUCUUUCAAAAUUUUCAGACCUGGGCCAGGGAGUUUAUGCUAAAUUAAGCAUAUGUUGAACACUUCACCAUGAGGGUUUAACAUUAGCAAAAUUACAUUGUUCCUCGUAUUGCUACAUAUGACAGUAUGAGACCAUACUCUCCAUACUACUAUAGUUUGGUUUAUUGACUAGGGAAAAUUGGAAUGUUUUAUAAGCUGAUAUACUGAAAAAAAUUGUGAUGGGUGUGUAUUGUUAAUUUAUUAGUUUGUAUGAAGGUAGAUUGUGUCGGCAGUGCUAUCUCGAGAUAUCUAGCAAUCCAUGCCGGAAAAAAAUUAGUGCCCUAUAUUGAUAUCGUAAAAAGGUAAUAAAUGACAUAUCGAUAAUAUUUAUUCAUUGGAUCAGCCAAAUAAGAAAGAUAUUUAACAACAAAUUAUUUAAUCAAAACAUUUAACAACAUGUUUGAUGCUAUUUUGAAGUAAAAAUUAAAAUCUGUGCCCCUAAGAAAUUUUGUGCUUAUAUAUUUUAUUAAAUUUUUAUUUACUCCUUUAUAUAUAUGUAAAAGAAAUAUGCCUUUAAAAGUUUAAUUUUUAGGUACUCCCAUUCGUUAGCAUAAGCGGAUUGGUCUCAGGCCAAUGUGUCGGCGCUGUUGAUGACACACAUGUAUCUGCUCACAUAAGAAUACCUAAUAAACAUGCUCUCGUGGUCAUAGAGAUACCCGAAAAUUAAUGUGCUGACUGACUGCAUUUUUGAUUCAAAAUUCACAUAUACUUCGAGUGAUCGGGGAAGGAACUGCAUCAGAUUCAAGAAUAAUUAAAAUGCACUUAUUAGAGAAGUUAAAUUAGUAAAAAAUAAUUGACAGUGGGAUAGACCCUAGCUUCCUAAAAAUCUCUCUAACUCUUUUCAUUUCUAGCUGUCGCCGGAGCUUCCAUCAAUCUUCAUGAAAAGUCCCAAUCAAUUAAUUUCUUUUGAUUUGUUGUUCUUCUUUCAUUAAAACUCCUCACCAGAUCUAUUCUUAGAUGUUAGAUCUAUUAGUUUUUCAAGAUUUUGAUUCGGUGAUAAAUCAAUUGGGAUGCAUAAAUGAUAAGUUAGGCGACUGUAAUUCAGUUUUAGCCAUAUCUGGAGUUCACAUCGAUCGGUAAGAUAAGGAACGUGUGAAUUGACCCCACGAUAAUGGUAUGCGUUCAAAAUAUUUUGUCAUAGUACUUUUGAAUUUGUCUGUCAUAUAUGUCCUUUGAACAGAUUUAUAUUUCGUAAUUGAAUUUUGUGAUUCGUUUAUAGCUAGAUAUAUAAGGUUUUAUACUACAAAUUGUGUUAUAGCGUUUUUGUAUAUUCAGUUUUUUAUUGUGUUCCUUUCGAGGGAGAGUCAUAGUUGAUGGCUUUUUGAUCGUAUAUUGUGAUUUUAUUUUGUCGUUAAUUAUCAUUUGAUGACUUUGUUUCGAUGCUUGACAUAAGCCUUUGUUCUUGAUUAUUUCUUCCCUCUUUUUUCUCUCUCUCUCUCUCUCUCUUUAUUUCUUUCAUUCGUUAUUUUUUCUCUCCCUCUUUCUUUUCUUCCUUCCCGCAGAUCUUGUGUCCUUCAUCCGGGUUUUCUUUACGGUCAUUAAAAUUUUAUUGACUAAAUUUUGUGGGGCCAUCUUUGCAUGAUUGUGGUUAGUCGGUAGAUUUCUUUAAAUGAAAGUUCUCCUUUUCUUCUUAGUUCUGUGGUUUUGCUUCUUUUUUUUCGAGUGUUUUUUUUAGACAUCAAUUUUUUUUAUCUGAAUUUUUGUGUGACAUUUCAGCAAUGCCCUCUGGUUAGAUGAAAGAUUUUCAUGUAUGAAAGAAGCUCUUUCGAUCCUCUCGGUAUUGUAUUUUGGUACAAUUCACUAACGUGAAAGUCUUAUGACAAAAAAGAAAAGUUAAAUUAGUUAUCCCUGCCGGUAAUUAUUGAACAAAUAAUCAACCAUUCUUUUUUCAAUUCUUGUAUUCAAUAUAUUAUACUGUAUUUAAUGUAGUCCUAUAUCUUAUUUAUGGGUAAAUAUUGUUUAGUUGAUGCGGGUCUCCUCAUAGAAGUGGACUAGUCCCACUUUUAGUGUUCAUUACCAUCUAAAAGAGUACACAAAUCGUGGACCUGUAAAUUGUAAAGAGGUAUUUAAUUAUCGCCAUGCAUCAUUGAGGAAUGCUAUUGGAAGGGCAAUUUUUUUCCUAUUAUUAGAAGUAUAAUUAAGCCAUUCUAUUCGUGUCAAGCACAUUCAGACAUAUUUAUCACUUGUUAUAUAUUGCAGAACUUCUUUGUACAAUUUCUUACGAGAAAAAGAUCAUGAUAUGACACAUGAAGAAGAAGUGAUACAAGAGUUGGAAAAAGAAACUCUCGAAGUAGUGUUUUAUGCACUAAGAAACAAGUUUGAAGGUUGGGGCCAUUGCAGGUAAAAUCGAAAUACAAUAGCGAAUACUAUGUGGAGCGAAUACUUAUUGCACAAGGAUAAUGAUGUUAAAAUGUUAGAUUAGUUAAUAGUUGUGGCGAACUCAUUCGUAGUUAGAUUGUUUUUAACUAUACUUUGAGUGAGUUGUUUUGUUAUUAUUUUUGAUUUAAUUUAAUCAGUGAAUGUACUUUAAUAUUUUUACUUUA